AUGCACAACCACAGCUGGUCAAACCGGAGUUGCGAUGCUCAUGGCAUUUGUUGGAAGUGUCUGAACCGCUUUGUGGAGGUGCAAAUUCUGGAGGAGGGCCGAUUCAACAUCAAAUGCCCCGGAAUUGGUUGCAACUACCGCCUCCUCCCCCUCGAUGUGGAGAGGGCCUUGGAGGCGUCAGAGCCGGAACGCCAGCAAGUGGCACUGAAGCGCUACAGCAGCAUGCGCAGCGGGAGCCACGGGCAGAGGCUUCGGGAAGUCGUCCUUGGAUCAGCCGGGCCUUCAGAACGCUGGCUGCUGGAGGAGUGCCAGGCAUGUCCUCAGUGCCUUUCUUUGGUUCGGCGCGAAGAUGGCUGCCUUCACGUCUUCUGCCGCUGCGGCUGCGACUUCUGUGCCGGUUGCGGCAGCCCCAAGCGUUGCCUGUGCUCCCAGCUGGAGAAGGACCGCGAUAUCCUCUUUGCAGCAUGGCUCAGGAUUGCCCCGGAAUCGCCAGCAGCCUGGCUGAGGGACCUGCGCUGCGACAGGCCCGAGGAGCAUCUGCUGACCAGUUUGGGUUUCUUUCUUUGGAUGGCCUACCUCCCAGUGGAUCUACCCUGGACACGUGCCCUGGAAGAGCCAGAGCAUUCGCUGCCGCCAGUGCGCUGGCGAUCCAGCCACUGGGAGGGCAUCAGCGAAGACGAAGAUUGGGCGUUUGACUUGGAGCCCGCCCAUGUCUUCCGCCAUCCACUCAGCUCUUGGUGUAAUCUGGUUGACGGCGACGAAGAAGAGAACUGCUUCCAGGACUACCAGCGCGCCCCCCGUCGGCCCUGGCGUCCCUUCGCCAGUCAGCGCAGCUCUCGGCGACAGGACCGACACCAUUACACGCCCCUGCGCUGGAAAGACGUCCGCCCAUGGACUGGGGAAGAUGCGGCCGCCCCCCUUCGUCGCCGAAGGCAGCCCCGAGCUGUGGCGACAGGUGCUCGCUCGGCGGAACAUGCCGCGGCUGCUGCUCGCAAGGUGCUGGCGCAGCACAAGCGCCGGCAGGAAAUGCGCAGACACUUCAGGGAUUCUCUUGAGUGCGAGUUUCUCUGA